AUGGGAAGUAUUUCUGAAGUAGAACAAAUAAAAUGUUUUGAUUGGAAAGAUUUAAUGAUUGAAUUAAAAGAGAGAGAAAUUAAAGAAGUUAUUUUUGAAAAUAAUGGUGCAUUACAUAAUAUUUUAAAUGAAAUGGAACAAGGAUAUCAAGAUAUUCUUAGUUGGCAAAAAGAUGAGAUUUAUGACAUUGAAUCAUUAAAUAAAGAAAUUAAAUUAUUUGGAGAAGAAAGAAUAAAAGAAAAAGAGAUUAUUAAUAACAUUAAAAGAAAUAUAAUAAAAGAAGAAAAAAUAAAAAAACAAAAUAAAGAAACAAAUCCAAAUAUUAGUGCUUUUGUUUCUCAAAUUAUUGAAGCAAAUGCAUUACCAACAAUUGCUCAUUCAAUUCAUCCUUUUGAAAUAAAUGAUAAAUUUAAAUUAGCAAUUAAACAAAUUGAUAAAUUACCUUUAAGAGAAGGACAUAAAGUUGCUUUAUAUUAUGUUAAAAAAAAUCAAACUAUAUUAGAAGCUUUAAAUAAUAAAGAAACAAGUGAAGGAUUUAAAAGCUUUAAAAAUGCAUUAACUUGGGAAUUUAAAUCUUUUUCAUUUGAGAAAGGAGUUGAAUAUUAUGGAACAUGGAGAGAUGAAAUUAUUUUUAAUUCACUAAAUGAAGCUACAAUGAGUAAUGAUGUAGAAAAUAUUCAAGAAAAACAAAAACAAAUGUUUAGUAGUUUUGUUCAAGUAAUUUAUGUUGAAGGAGAUCAAGAUAUUGAUAUUAGUUCAAUAGUAACACAAUUUAGUAAUGUUUUCAUUAUUUUAAGACCUCAUCAAUAUGGAAUUCUUAUUGAAAUUUAUAGAAAAGAAAAUAUUCCAUUAUUUGGUCCUUUAGUUACUGGAAGUAUUGUUUGUUUCCAUGAAAUUGCUAAAUUGGUUCGUGAAACUGUUUUAAAUGCUAGUAGAGCUGUUCAUAAUACUUUUAUGGCAGAUAAAGUACUUCGACCAUUUAUUCAACGUGGAAAAGCUAUUCAUGAUUUGAUUAAGUCAAAUAAAACAGAAACAAAUAAUUAUUUUGAUAACGAAAACCAAAUUUAUUUCAUGAAUAAUGAAAUAAUAAAUAACUAA